AUGGAUUGGGUGUCGAUGGAGGCGACUGAGCCAGAUAUUGAUGCAGAUGGCGGAGUGCCAUUAGACACAAAGGUCACUUCUUAUUCCGAGUCCCGACCUCCCAGUGCACCUAUCGAACGAAUACCUCAGGACGUUCUUUCUCUAAUUUUCAUCACGACGAGUGCAAGCAUAUGGAAUCUCCGGGAGCGAAAACUUUUCAGCCUCCGUGUUGCUUCCGUUUCCCGGUCAUGGCGAGAUUUGGCUCUUGAUAUCUCGUCCCUUUGGUCGACAAUAUACAUCUCGUUGAAUUUCCGACCGACCCCUGCGUCAAUCCAGUUGUUUCUUUAUCUCUCGCGCACACACAAGCUAGAUAUUGUCAUCGACUGGGCCAAUGCAGAUAUUGGGUCAAGAAAGGCCUCAGACUCCCGGUACAUUUUCUGCGCGAUGGAUGCAUUGAUUCCCCACAUCAGCAGAUGGAAGUCCAUGAGCAUUGCGUGGGACAUCUCGACAUGCAAAGGGCUAGAAGACACAUUCGUGCCUCUCUUUGUUGGAAACGCGAGCUCUUUGGAGCAUCUACAAGUGUUCUGUUUCGAUUACCUGUUCCAGCCACGCAGGCUCAAUUUCUUCCGCAAACAAUUCGCCGCUCCGCAUUUGUCUACCCUCGUUUUACGGGCCAUGCCUGGCGGAUUUAGCCUCAAUAGUAUUGCAGAAUGCUUCCCCGGACUCGAAGAAUUUAUCUGGGACCAAGGUGUCGGUUUCGAACAUAUCAAUCGCUGGGACGCCGCUGGUACAUUUUUAAAGUAUUUAAUGCCACUGGUCCGACUGCGCCUAUUCUGCAUUGUUAACCUGUAUAUCCACGAUCCCCGUCCGGAGCGAUACAUGUCUUCACAUCUCCAGACAUUGCUUCCCGCACUCGAGCGACUUGAAAUCAUCGGGUCGAAGUACGAAGCUGUUGAAGACAUUCUUGCGGCACUCACCGCACCCAAGCUGGCCGAGGUCCUCAUCUCCAACCCUGAACUCCCAUUCCGAAGUCCGUUCAACGGAUUCUGGCAGCAAUCGACUCGUUUUCCUGUGCUUCGCACACUGCGGUUGGCCGCUUCGUGCGACGCUCCGGACCCGGAAGAUAUUUGGGAAGCGUUCAGCGGUAUGCAUUGCGUCCAAAUGACUUCUUCGGAUUACGACGACCUAGUAAACCUUCUUCGUUCAUGGCAAGAAGACUGGCAUUUCCCCAAACUCACAUCCCUGGAGUUCUACUGUAGUCCUUCUCUCCCAAUUCCAGUCGCGAUGCUCCGUACGUUCGUAAGCACGCGCAGGGAGGUGCUUGCGGAACAUCCCAACGCCGGCCUAGGCACGAUCCUCUCAAUUAGGGUGUAUACUUCUGCAACAAUAGCAGACGACGACAUAAAAUUCUUUGUGGAUAACGUGCAAGACUUCAGGUGGACACCGGAGCUACCGCAGUGGGACCCGGGGUGCAGUGGAGUUCAAGGCGACUAUAUCGCUAUCCGAUGGGUAAACAGCGGGUAG